AACAUAAUAUGUGAAACAAACACCUGUUGCCCACAGAAACACGUACACACACUGGAAGUCAUGAAGCUGACUGUGCUGCUCUGCUCUGUCCUGCUGCUCUCUAUCUCUGACCUGUCCCUGGAGGAUGAGACUGCAACUCAGUUUCCAGACAGUGAUGAGACGAUGAUGUCUGGAGCACCCGGACAAGAAGAUCUGGCUGAACCCAGAGAGUCGAACUGUGAGAAGUAUGAAGGGGGAACCUGCACCAAGCAGUAUGAUCCAGUAUGUGGCAGUGAUGGAAACACCUACGGCACCGAGUGUGUUCUCUGCCAGCAGAACAGACAACAGAAGAAGAAUGUGAAAGUGGCAAGCAAAGGGCCGUGCCCUCCUUAACUGUUCAGGGACACACAAACACACACACACACGCACACACACUUCUGGCUGUGUAAUAGGCAGAUCAUAUCCAUUCCCUGUAUCUUGUCUUCUCAAUAAAGUUACAUACUGCAA